AUGGAUUACAACCCAAAUCAUCCGCUAGGCGGAGGUGGGAGUCUCCGGCGAAGCAUAAGCCGAAGCGUUAGCAGAGCCAGCAGAAACCUCGAAGACAUUUUCUCCCCCGGCUCCAGACGAACUCAGUCCGUCAACGACGACGAAGAGGCUCUUAAAUGGGCUGCCAUCGAGAAACUCCCCACCUACAGUCGCCUCCGCACCACUCUCAUGAACGCCGUGGUCGAGGACGACGUCUACGGCAAUCAGCUCCUCAGCAAGGAGGUCGACGUCACCAAGCUCGACGGCGAGGAACGCCAGAAGUUCAUCGACAUGGUCUUCAAGGUGGCCGAGCAAGACAACGAGCGAAUCUUGACAAAGCUCAGGAACAGAAUCGACAGGGUCGGGAUCAAGCUUCCAACAGUAGAGGUGAGGUACGAGCACUUGAGCAUCAAAGCCGACUGCUACGCCGGUAACAGAUCUCUUCCAACGCUUCUUAAUGUGGUGAGGAACAUGGGAGAAUCUGCUCUCGGCAUGAUUGGGAUGCAGUUUGCCAAGAAAGCUCAGCUCACUAUCCUCAAAGACAUUUCUGGGAUCAUCAAGCCCUCGAGGAUGACCCUCUUGUUGGGUCCCCCUUCCUCCGGGAAGACCACCCUUCUUUUGGCUCUUGCCGGCAAACUCGACGAGUCCCUCCAAGUCUCUGGUGAUAUAACCUACAACGGUUACCGCCUCAAUGAGUUUGUUCCAAGAAAGACCUCUGCUUACAUUAGCCAGAACGAUCUCCACGUCGGUAUCAUGACCGUUAAGGAGACUCUUGAUUUCUCCGCUAGGUGCCAGGGUGUUGGUUCCCGUUACGAUCUGUUGAAUGAGCUCGCAAGGAGGGAAAAGGACGCUGGGAUAUUCCCCGAAGCCGAUGUUGAUCUGUUCAUGAAAGCCUCUGCUGCUCAAGGGGUUAAGAGCAGUCUCAUCACUGAUUACACUCUCAAAAUACUGGGGCUUGACAUUUGCAAGGACACCAUAGUUGGAGAUGAUAUGAUGAGAGGUAUCUCCGGAGGUCAGAAGAAACGUGUCACAACUGGUGAGAUGAUUGUUGGGCCUACCAAGACGCUCUUCAUGGACGAGAUAUCCACCGGUCUUGACAGCUCCACCACUUUCCAGAUCGUCAAGUGCUUGCAGCAGAUCGUUCACCUCACAGACGCCACUGUGCUCAUGUCUCUCCUCCAGCCUGCUCCUGAGACCUUUGAUUUAUUCGAUGAUAUCAUUUUGUUGUCCGAGGGUCAGAUCGUGUACCAAGGACCCAGGGACAACAUUCUUGAGUUCUUCGAGAGCUUUGGCUUCAAGUGUCCUGAGAGAAAAGGAACGGCUGAUUUCUUGCAAGAGGUCACCUCCAAAAAAGAUCAGGAACAAUACUGGGUGGACCAGAACAGACCCUAUCGCUACAUUCCAGUCUCAGAGUUUGCCAGCAAAUAUAAGGGCUUCCACGUCGGGAAGCAGCUUUCUAACGAACUCUCAGUACCGUUCGACAAGUCUCGUGGCCACAAAGCAGCUCUUGUGUUUGACAAGUACUCGGUUUCAAAGAGGGAGCUUCUCAAGAGCUGCUGGGACAAAGAGUGGCUGCUUAUGCAGCGAAACUCCUUUUUCUACGUCUUCAAAACCAUGCAGAUCAUCAUCAUCGCUGCAAUCACGUCUACAGUCUUUCUCAGAACUGAAAUGCACACAAGAAACGAGGCUGAUGCCAACCUCUACAUAGGAGCAUUACUAUUUGCAAUGAUUGUCAACAUGUUUAAUGGUUUUGCGGAGAUGGCUAUGAUGGUCUCGAGACUUCCGGUGUUCUACAAACAGAGGGAUCUCCUGUUCUAUCCAUCCUGGACCUUCACCCUUCCCACCUUCUUGCUCGGGAUUCCAAUCUCAAUCUUCGAAUCGACAGCAUGGAUGGUGGUGACCUACUAUACCAUCGGUUUUGCACCUGAGGCGGAUCGCUUCUUUAAGCAGUUUCUCCUUGUGUUUCUGAUACAGCAAAUGGCUUCUGCCAUCUUUAGAUUGAUAGCUUCCGUAUGCAGAACCAUGAUGAUAGCUAAUACUGGUGGUGCUCUCACUCUGCUUCUCGUCUUCUUGCUUGGAGGCUUCCUUCUUCCACGAGGUGAGAUUCCUGUGUGGUGGAGGUGGGCCUACUGGUUAUCUCCUAUGAGCUACGCUUUCAACGGUCUAGCCGUCAAUGAAAUGUUUGCUCCUAGAUGGAUGAACAAACAAUCUUCCGUCAACGGAACAAAGCUCGGAACCAUGGUGCUUAACAAUUUGGAUGUCUACAAUAACAAAAACUGGUACUGGAUUGCAGUUGGAGCCUUGCUUGGUUUCACAGUGGUCUUCAACCUUCUCUUCACUUUUGCACUAACCUUUCUCAACCCUCUUGGGAAGAAGGCAGGUUUACUUCCAGAAGAAGAAGAUGAAGACUCGGAUCAGAGAGCAGAUCCAAUGCGUAGAUCUCUGUCUACUGCAGAUGGGAACAAAAGAGAGGUCGCCAUGGGGAGAAUGGGUAGGAAUGCAGACUCUGCGGCCGAAGCAUCGAGCGGCGCAGGCACUAAGAGAGGAAUGGUCCUUCCUUUCACUCCUUUGGCAAUGUCCUUUGACGACGUCAGAUACUUUGUCGACAUGCCUGCGGAAAUGAGGGACCAAGGAGUUACAGAAAACAGGCUGCAACUGCUCAAAGGUGUGACUGGUGCAUUUAGGCCAGGAGUGUUGACUGCGCUAAUGGGGGUGAGUGGUGCCGGGAAGACAACACUGAUGGACGUUUUGGCCGGAAGGAAAACAGGCGGAUACAUCGAAGGAGAAGUGAGAAUAUCAGGAUUCCCAAAGGUUCAAGAGACGUUUGCUAGAAUAUCAGGGUACUGUGAGCAGACUGAUAUCCACUCCCCACAAGUCACCGUCAGAGAGUCUCUGAUUUUCUCUGCUUUCCUUCGCCUUCCCAAAGAAGUGAGCAAAGAUGAAAAGAUGAUGUUUGUGGACCAAGUGAUGGAACUGGUAGAGCUGGACAGCCUGAGGGACGCCAUCGUGGGUUUGCCAGGUGUCACAGGGCUUUCCACGGAGCAGAGAAAGAGGUUGACAAUCGCAGUGGAGCUUGUGGCCAACCCUUCCAUCAUCUUCAUGGACGAGCCGACUUCGGGGCUGGACGCAAGAGCAGCAGCUAUUGUGAUGAGGGCAGUUAGGAACACAGUGGACACGGGAAGAACCGUGGUCUGCACCAUCCACCAGCCGAGCAUUGAUAUCUUUGAAGCAUUUGAUGAGUUGAUGCUCAUGAAGAGAGGAGGACAGGUGAUCUACGCGGGUCCCUUGGGUCGAAACUCUCACAAGGUGGUGGAGUACUUCGAAUCCUUCCCGGGAGUGCCCAAGAUUCCAGACAAGUAUAACCCAGCCACUUGGAUGCUUGAAGCCAGCUCACUAGCCGCUGAGUUAAAGCUCGGAGUUGACUUUGCUGAGUUGUACAAGUCAUCCGCAUUACACCAGCGAAAUAAAGCUUUGGUGAAAGAGCUGAGUGUACCUCCGGCAGGGGCUUCGGAUCUCUACUUUGCUACGCAAUACUCGCAAGAUACAUGGGGACAGUUCAAAUCAUGCCUAUGGAAGCAGUGGUGGACGUACUGGAGAUCCCCUGACUACAACCUUGUCCGCUUCAUCUUCACACUUGCAACAUCUCUUCUCAUUGGAACCGUCUUCUGGCAAAUAGGAGGUGACAGCUCGAACGCAGGGGAUUUGACGAUGGUGAUAGGAGCUCUGUAUGCGGCCAUUAUUUUUGUUGGAAUAAACAACUGUUCGACGGUACAGCCGAUGGUGGCGGUGGAGAGGACUGUGUUCUACAGGGAGAAAGCUGCGGGAAUGUACUCAGCCAUGCCAUACGCAAUCUCCCAGGUGACAUGUGAGCUUCCCUACGUCCUGAUUCAGACCACUUAUUACUCCCUCAUCGUCUAUGCCAUGAUUGGGUUCGAGUGGAAAGCCGCCAAGUUCUUCUGGUUCCUCUUUGUCAGCUACUUCACCUUCCUCUACUGGACCUAUUACGGCAUGAUGACUGUCUCCCUCACACCGAACCAGCAAGUCGCAUCUAUUUUCGCCUCUGCCUUUUAUGGCAUUUUCAACCUCUUCUCUGGCUUCUUCAUCCCCAGGCCCAAAAUCCCCAAGUGGUGGAUCUGGUACUACUGGAUCUGCCCUGUCGCCUGGACCGUCUAUGGAUUGAUUGUGUCACAGUACGGUGACGUGGAGACUCCUAUCGACGUCCUCGGAGGUCCUGCCAACCUCACGGUCAAGCAAUACAUUGAGGACCAUUAUGGGUUCAAGUCUGACUUUAUGGGACCAGUGGCUGCCGUGCUCAUCGGCUUCACCGUCUUCUUCGCCUUCAUCUUCGCAUUCUGCAUCAGAACUCUCAACUUCCAGACCAGAUAA